AUGGCGGGGGAGGGAAGUGCCUCCCUCCCCACGGAGCAAUCCAGGAUCUUCCCGGAGACCCGACGCGAGAGCUUCAAGCGUCAAUUCUCGGAGGCAGCCGAUGAACGGGUGCAGAAUAAGCUGGGCAGCAAGAUGAAGUUUUCCGAGGGCGUGAUCUUUAUGAUGAAUUCCUUGACUGGGCUGUCCGUGCUCACCUUUCCCUAUGGCUUUGCACAAGCUGGGAUCCUCCUGGGUGCUCUGAUUAUCUUGGCCUCGAUGAUCAUUUCCUUCAUGACAGCCACCUUCAUGUGUGAGGCGCUGACCAUCGCCAACGCCCUUGAGUACGAGGAAGCCGAAAAGCAAGUUCUCGAGGAGCAGCCAACAGAAGUACGCCAGGCUCUGAGAGAGCACGUGGAGCGUGUCUCUCAAGAAGAGGUGCACUCUUUGCGCAAGAAGCUGUUGGAGGACAACGCGACCCCUACGAGCGGCUUCAGAGGCAAGACCGUUCAGUUCUUUCAGGCCGAGAACCGCAUCAAGAACCCGGAGCGCGAGUUCAAGAUCCGCGAGCGCGUGGAGCUGGGAGCCGUCGGGGAGCGCGUGCUGAAGGAAGGAAGGGCUGACAAGAUCAUUGCAGCUGGCAUCUACGUGAUGAUCUUGGUCUUCACCUAUGGCACGGUCUCUGCCCUGGUGGUCACGGUGAACCAGUCGAUGGCGCACACGAUUCUGGGAGCUGCGAGCCUCCUGGGCUACCCGGAACCCGAUGAGGAUCAGGUCUACACGUGCUGCGUGGUCGCCGUGUUCUUCAUCACGCUCCCCUUGUGCUUCAAGAACCUGCAGAAUACCAAGAAGUUCACCGUAGUGAUCAUGUGGUGCCGCUUCCUGGCUAUCGCAAUCCUGCUCACCGUGGGCGUCUGCAAAUCGAUCGAGCGACUGCAAGAAGAGGGCUUGGAGGCCAUACGUAUUCCUCUCUGGAGACCGAGUGGCUUCGUCGCAGUCUUCGGGAACUCAGUGUGGCUCUGUGGCAUUCACCACUACCUUCCCAGCAUGAUCUCACCCUUGGAGGAGCAGACCAAGGCCCCCAAAGUCAUCAUCACGGCCUUCUCCUCCAUCUACCUGCUAAUCAUCUCCAUCUGCGGUACGGCGCUGGUGGCUUGGGAGGAGGAGAGGUGGACUAAGUGCUCAUCGAUGCCCGGGGGGCACUACUGCAAGAUCCAGCCCUUGUACAACCUGAACUUCUCUCCCUUGAGCCUGGCCGGAGGGGCCGUGGCGCUCUUCCUGCUGGCCUACCCGACCAUGGCCAUUGCCAGCAUUCCCAUUGCGGCCAUCACGACGCGCAACACCAUGGGCCAGUGGCUUGGCGUGAAGCCCGCCGACCCUGAGUCACCCUACACGUUCUCGAACGUCGGCCUUACCAUGGCCGUGCUUACGCCACCCUUCACGGUGGCCCUCAUCACCACGGACGUGCAGGCGGUGAUCCAGUAUGUGGGAGGCUAUGCUGGGCUGUCGGUCUCGUUCCUGUGCCCCAUGAUUCUUCUCAUCAGAUGCCGCCAGAAGCUGAAUCUCAAGAAAGAGUUCGAUGUCGAUCGACCUCUGAAGUCUGCCUUUGCCAAUCGCAUAGGCUAUACGGCAGUCACCUUACUCUACCUCCUUGCGCUCUACAUGGUCACCAAGAGGCUGUUCUUCUCGUGA